GAAAUUUUAGUUUCCAAAAUAGCCAAAUAAUUAUCUAAUCAUAGACCAAAAAUCAAGGAUUUCUGAGAAACUGAAACCUUAACUCAAGGAAAUCCUCAGGUUUCAGCUAAUAAAUUGCAUGUUCUCUGAGCCAAUCACUUCAAGUUUAAAUUCUUAUAAAACCAGCCUGCAAUGGCAUAAAUCAUACAAAACCUGAAAAUCCAGGUUCUACACCAUGGCCAGCUUUUCAAUCUCUCUAGUCCUAUUAUUUUCUCUUUUCCUUGGCCAUGGCCUUGUGGAACUUGAAGCAUCACAUCACAUUUACAACCAACUUCAAAUAUCUCAAAAUAUUACUUAUAAUGCUACAGAUCAAGCUUACAGAACUGGUUAUCAUUUCCAACCUCCCAAGAACUGGAUCAAUGAUCCCAAUGGAGUUAUGAUUCACAAGGGAAUUUAUCACUUGUUCUACCAAUACAAUCCCAAAGGUGUAGUGUGGGGCAACAUUGUGUGGGCUCACUCUACAUCGGAAGAUCUCAUCAACUGGAUUUCACAUGAGCCAGCCAUCUUCCCUUCUCAGAAAUCUGAUAUCAAUGGCUGCUGGUCAGGUUCUGCCACAAUUCUUCCUGGAGACAAACCAGCCAUUUUGUACACUGGCAUUGACCCUGACAAAAAGCAGGUUCAAAAUUUAGCUUUCCCCAAGAAUUUAUCCGACCCUUAUCUUAAAGAAUGGGAAAAGUUCCCAAACAACCCACUUAUGGCACCCAACUCCAAAAAUGGUAUCAAUGCAAGCUCAUUUAGAGACCCUUCCACUGCCUGGCAAGGCCCUGAUAAAGCCUGGAGAGUUGUCAUUGGAAGCAAAAACAAUGACUUGGGGUUGGCAAUUCUUUACAGGAGUGAAGAUUUUAUAACUUGGUCCGAGGCUAAACGCCCUCUACAUUCUGGAAAGCGCACAGGAAUGUGGGAGUGUCCUGAUUUUUACCCAGUUGCAGUUGAUAAUUUUACUGGUCUUGAUACAUCAACUCUCGGAGAGAAGGUUAAACAUGUGCUGAAGGUCAGCUUGGAUAAUUAUAAACAUGAUUAUUACACAAUUGGGCAUUAUAAUUACAAGACUGAUAAAUAUGUUCCAGAUAAGGGCUCCAUUGAAGGAGAUAAGGGAUUGAAAUAUGAUUAUGGGAAGUUUUAUGCUUCCAAGACUUUCUUUGAUAGUGCCAAGAACAGGAGGGUUUUGUGGGGAUGGAUUAAUGAAUCAUCAAGUGUGGAGGAUGAUGUUAAGAAGGGAUGGUCCGGAAUUCAGGCAAUUCCUAGGAUUGUUUGGCUUGAUAAAUCCGGGAAGCAAUUGAUGCAAUGGCCAGUAGCUGAACUCGAGACGCUUCGCGAUACCAAAGUAAAUUUAGAGAACAAGUCGCUGGAUGCAGGAUCAUUUCAUGAAGUAACUGGCAUCACAGCUGCACAGGCAGAUAUUGAUAUUUCAUUUGAGAUAACUGACAUUAACAAAGCAGAAGUGCUCCAUUCAAAAGGGAAGCAUGCUCAAAAGCUUUGCAAUGAAAAGAAUGCAUCAGGCGCUAAAGGUGGUCUUGGCCCAUUUGGGUUGAAAGUUUUGGCCACAGAUGACUCUAAGGAGUUCACAGCAGUGUUCUUCAGAAUCUUCAAACGCAAAUCUAGCAAAAAACCUGUUGUGCUAAUGUGCAGUGACCAAAGCAGAUCUUCCUUAAACAAUAACAAUGACAAGACCACUUAUGGAGCUUUCGUGAAUGUGGAUCCAGUUUCUGAGAAGAUAUCACUAAGGAGCUUGAUUGAUCACUCUAUAGUGGCAAGCUUUGGUGGAGGAGGCAAGAGUUGCAUCACAGCCAGAGUUUAUCCAACCUUGGCGGUUGAGGAUAAGGCUCAUUUGUAUGUUUUCAAUAAUGGAAGUGAAGCUGUAAAGAUUGUAAGCUUGAAUGCCUGGAGCAUGAAGGACGCUCAAAUUAAUUGA